AUGGAUGGUAAAUGUACAACUUCAUACUUUCAUCAGGUUCAUGGAAUUGAAGAAAUCUUCAAAACGGCAGCUGCAAUCAUUAAAGCAAAUAUUGAACUACUCAUAGAAUUGUUAUGGCACUGGUGCAAAAUGAUCCAUGACACGAGUUCUAUACAACUCUCGAGUCCACCAGGAUGCCCACGUAUUAUUCGAACAAAGGCAGCAAUCGAAAAGCUAAUAGUCUUGGUAUUUCGAGAACGAGUAUUCAGCGAAUACUCAGAAACGAUCUGGGUCUUCGUUCCUACAAAAAGUUAUGAAGGUUUGGUAGAUCAUGCAAGAUAUAUCCGAGAGGUGCUUCCCAUCACACUCGAAUAUGGUGCUCAAGUCUACGGAAAUCAAUGGACUUUCCAACAAGAUGGUGCAAAACCGCACAUUCAUUAUUUAACGCAACAGUGGUGUCGAGACAAUUUUCGAGCAUUCAUUGACAAAGAUCAUUGGCCUCCUAAUAGCCCUGAUUUAAAUCCUUUGGAUUAUUCAAUAUUGGAUGAGUUUGCUCGCGUUAUCCAUUGGGAUAAAGUCGAAUGUAAAAAAAACUCUAAUUGAAGAACUUAAACGAUCUGUUAAAAAAAUUCGACCGGCAGUUGCGUUUGAAAGUUGCAUAUCUUAGACUAAAUGAUAGCAUCGCUUGUCGAAAAAUAACGGUUGUUAUUUAUGUUAGUAAAAAAGCUCUGCUUUUGUGGGGCAUCUAAAAGCGAAUCUUUAAAAAAAAUACAGGUCUACACAUUGAAAUUUGGAAAACAUAUUUAAAAAAUCCUGAGAGUAACAUUUAACCUGGGCCAGCCGUUACGAUUACUAUAGAUAUCACUCAGUCUCGAUCCUAACAGGGAUUUUCGAAAGAAAUUUAUCUAGGUAUCUUUUUUUGUAAUAACAUCUUGACAAUUUUACAAGAUUACAUAAGAUCUAUUUAACAGACUCCAACUAUGUGUGUGCUUGCAUACUAUAUAAGAAGCUCUCGUUUUCGUGGAAAGAUGUCUUGUUUACAAUUCAAAGUAAACUAAAGUAGGAAUCAAAAGUUUAAGUCACUUUUCGUCAUUCAAUUUUCUAGAUCGAGACUCUUUCGAUAGUG